UUGAAAGGAGGGGGAGGGGCGAAGGCGAGCGAGUGGCGGGAGGCUCCGUGUGUGCUGGGCUAGCGGCCGAGCCGUUCGAUCGUCGCCUCGCGUUUUUUCUGUCGAUUGUUCGCAGCUGAACCGUCUGCCCCGCCUGCCCGCACACUCCCAGCAAGAUGAGCUUUCCUGCCCACGAUUGGAAGGAAUUUGCGGAGAAGGAUGUGGACGAGGAGGAAGAAGAGGCGGCGGAGGGGCAGGGUAAUGGGGGCCCCUCGGUCAGCCGAGACAGCCUCGUGUUCCUGGUGGACGCGUCAGAGGCGAUGUUCAUCAAGGAGGAGGACUCCGAGCACAGCCCCUUUGAGAUGAGCAUCAAGUGUGUGCACAGUGUGUACCGCUCCAGGGUGGUCAGCAGGGAGCGCGAUCUCCUGGGGCUCGUGUUCUUCGGCACAGAGAAGCACACCAACGAGCUGUUCAAGCACGUGUACGUUUACCACAGCCUCGACAUUCCCGGCGCAAGCCGCAUCCUGGAGCUGGACCGGCUGACGAGCUGCGACGUGCGGUCCAAGGUGGAGUCGCUGCUGGGCCACUCGACCGACUUCUCCCUGCGCGACGCAUUCUUCGCCUGCUCCCAGCUCUUCAGCGCCUCCAAGGACCGGCUGAGCCACCGGCGUGUGUUGCUGCUCACUAACCAGGACGAGCCUCAUGCCGACAAUGCGGAGCGAGCCAAGCUGGCGCGCACCAAGGCCGCUGACCUGCGCGGCAUCGGCGUGACGUUGGAGGUGCUGCCGCUGGGCAAAGCCGGCGGGUUUCGCAUGGACGCGUUCUACCGCGACAUCGUCAGCGAGGAGGAGGGGGGCGGGGACCCCGGAGCGUCGCGCGACCCGGCGUGUCGACUCGGCGAGCUCCUGCAGGUGGUGCGCACCAAGGAGUACCCAAAGAGGGCGAUGGCUCGGCUGCCGCUGAAACUGGGCGAGGGCUUGAGCCUGGGCGUCGCCGUGUACACGCUCACGCGCACUGCCCACAAGUCCUUCCCCGUAAAGCUAUACCGCGAGACUAACGAGCCCGUCAAGGCCAAGAAGCAAACCUUCCACGCCAAGACGGGUCGCCUGCUGCUGCCCAGUGACACCAAGAAGUCACAGGUGUACGGCUACAGACAGAUCGUGCUGGAGAACGAGGAGGUGCAGGAGGUUAAGAAGUUCUUCGAGCCGGGGCUGGUGCUCAUUGGCUUUAAGCCCAUGGAGUAUCUCAAGAGGCAUCACCACCUGCGUCCCACGCAGUUCAUCUACCCCGAAGAGAGCCUCUUCACAGGGAGCGGGCGUCUCUUCACGGCGCUGCUAACGCAGUGCCUGAAGCGCGGCGUGUGGGCGCUGUGCCACUACACGCCGCGCCGCAAUGCGCAGCCACGCUUGGUGGGGCUGCUGCCGCAGGACGAGGUGAAGGAGGAAAACGGCACUCAGGACACGCCGCCCGGCUUCCACAUUCUGUUCCUGCCGUUCGCCGACGACGUGCGCAAUGUGCCGAAGCUGGAGGGCGUUGCCUGGGCCAAUCGCGAGCAGGUGGACAAGGCCAAGGCCAUCGUGGAGAGGCUCAAGUUCACGUACCGGAGCGAGAGCUUUGAGAACCCCUCGGUGCAGCAGCACUACCGCAACUUGGAGGCGAUGGCGCUCGACCUGGAGAUGCCAGAGCCCAUAGUCGACUACACACGGCCCCCCGUGGAGCGAAUCGAGGAGCGAGCCGGCACCCUCAUCAGCGAGUUCAAGGAGCUCGUGUUUCCCCCGGACUACGAAGCGGGGCAGCCCAGCGGCGUCAAGCGCAAAUCGGCGGUGAGAAAAACGGAGAAGCCCAAGGUGGAGCUGGUGCUGAGCAACGAGGACGUGCGGGCGAUGGUGCUGGAUGGCUCGGUGGUGCGCCACACCGUGGCCACCCUGCGGGACAUCUGCAAGCGCUUCCAGCUGCGCCACCCGGGCAGCAAGAAGCAGGACCUCAUUGACUCCAUCACCAACUACUUCAGCAAGACCGAGCCGAUCUAAGCUCACGGCGACGUGGGGUUGUCCCCUGUCUCUAAAGCAGAGGCCAUCGCGGAACGGUGACAAGGCGAGGUGGGCAUCGUGUAACCUGUGCACGUGGCGCUUGGCGUUAGGGAUUCGGAGUUAAGGGGUCGUGUUGGGGGUUAGGGAUUCGUGUCGCUGGUUGGACGUCGGAGUUAAGGGGUCGUGUUGGGGGUUAGGGAUUCGUGUCGCUCGUUGGAGGUCGGAGUUAAGGGGUCGUGUUGGGGGUUAGAGAUUCGUGUCGCUGGUUGGAGGUCGGAGUUAAGGGGUCGUGUUGGGGGUUAGGGAUUCGGAGUUAAGGGAUAGUGUUGGGGUUUAGAGAUUCGUGUCGCUGGUUGGAGGUCGGAGUUAAGGGGUCGUGUUGGGGGUUAGGGAUUCGGAGUUAAGGGGUCGUGUUGGGGGUUAGGGAUUCGUGUCGCUCGUUGGAGAUCGGAGUUAAGGGAUAGUGUUGGGGGUUAGGGAUUCGGAGUUGAGGGGUCAUGUUGGGGGUUAGGGAUUCGGAGUUAAGGGGUCGUGUUGGGGGUUAGGGAUUCAUGUCGCUCGUUGGAGAUCGAAGUUAAGGGGUAGUGUUGGGGGUUAGAGAUUCGUGUCGCUGGUUGGAGGUCGGAGUUAAGGGGUAGUGUUGGGGGUUAGGGAUUCGUGUUGAUGAUUGAAAACCGGAGUUAAGGGGUAGCGUUGGGGGUUAGGGAUUCGUGUCGGUGGUCGGAGUUGACUGGAUAGGUUUCUCGGAUUAUGGUUAACUCGUGUGUAGUUUGUGUUAGUUUUUUUGUCUUUGUUAAACACCUGGGUAAACAAACGUGUUGUUUAAAUCUCCAGUGUUUGCCAAAUUAGUGCACGGACGAUAAACAUUUCUACAAACAUUCAUUUUUCACUGAAUGUGGUUUAGCCUUUUUUCCAUCCAGUUACUCGGUGGGAACUCUUGUUACCCCCUGGUUGGGGUUCUGUGCAGCAUGUCCAGUCCCUGCGUCCAUCAUUUCAUUUUUGCAUUUCUACUUAAAAAAUACAUGUUCAGCCUCAUUCCCGUGUUGUGAUGGUGAAACGACUGCAGGCGUUUUGCACGUCGCGAUCGUGCGUCCGUUCGUUUGGCGGCCCGCAACAAUCACACCAGACUCAGGACAUUUGCGUUGCGUCCAAACGUUUUAUUCCCCGGAGCCAUUGUGACCCGUCACCUCCAUUAAAGUGCUUUCCGGAGAGACACGUGUCUCA